AUGGAACUCGUAACGACGGCGGCGGCUGCAGCUGCGGCCACCACCGCCGGCCUGGCCUACCUCGAGGCCCGUUUCCACCUCCGCAAAGACAUCCAGUACAUCCGCGGCCGCCGCAUCCUGGGCAAGAUGAUGGCCCGCGCCAUCAAGGAGAAACGGCUCUCGCCGUACUACUUUAUCGAAGAAAACACGCGCCAGAAUCCCGACCAUGAGGCCAUAUGGUCGCGCGACGGCUGCUACACGCGCAAGGAGAUGUACGACCGCGCCAACCAGUACGCCCAGUGGUUCCUCAAGCAGGGCGUGCAGCCCGGCGACCUCGUGGCCUUCUUCAUGAUCAACUCGCCCGACUUUAUCACGGCAUGGCUCGGUCUGCUGGCCAUUGGCGCUGCGCCGGCCAUGAUCAACUUCCACCUGACGAACAAGCCGCUGCUGCACUGCCUGGGCAUCAGUGCAGCCAAGCUGAUUCUUGUCGACGGGCCACCCGACGCCCACGCACGCAUCGCUGCUGUCCAGACCGACCUGGACGCACAGGGCUACCGCGUGGUCGAUUUGGCCGACGCGCGCCCCGAAGUGUAUGCCAUAGAUGCGCGGCGACCGGGCGACGAGCUGCGGGCGGGCGUGCAACCCCACUGGCCGUCGUCCAUGUUCUAUACGAGCGGCACGACCGGCCUGCCCAAGGCGUGCUACCUCCCGAUUGCACCCAUGUUUGGCCACGGUGCCAGCAACUUGACAGGACUCAACCCGGUCGACCGCCCCAACGAGCGCUACUACGUGUGCAUGCCCUACUACCACGGCACGGGCGGCAUCAAUGCCAUGGCGCAGGUGCUGUGCGGCACGACGCUGUGCAUUGCGCCCAAGUUCAGCGUGUCCGGCUUCUGGCGGGACAUUCGCGACUCGCGGGCCACCUGGUUCGUGUACGUCGGCGAGACGCUCCGCUAUCUGCUGGCGGCACCGCCGUCGCCCGACGACAAGAACCACAAUGUGCACACCAUCUUUGGCAACGGCCUGCGGCCCGACGUCUGGGACAAGUUCCGUGACCGGUUCGGCAUCGAGCGCAUCCACGAGUUUUUCAACAGCACCGAGGGCGUCUUCCCGCUCGACAACGUCUGCCGCGGCGACUUCCACAAGCACUCGGUCGGCCACCACGGCCUGCUGCUGCGCUGGCGAUACAACGACGAGUACAUCCCCGUGGCCAUUGAUCCCGAGACGGGCGACAUUGCGCGUAAUCCGGACACGGGCUUUGCUUACCGGGUGCCCUACGCGCAGGGCGGCGAGGUGCUCAUCCGCAUCCCCGGCGAGCGUGUCUUUGGCGGCUACGUGGGCAACGAGGCGGCCACCGAGAAGAAGCUGGAGCGCAAUGUGUUCCGGAAGGGCGACUGCUUCUACCGCACGGGCGAUGCGCUGCGGCGCGACGACGACGGGCGCUGGUUCUUCAUGGACCGGCUGGGCGACACCUUCCGGUGGAAGGGCGAGAACGUGUCGACCACCGAGGUCGGCGAGGUGCUCGGCAAGUUCCCCGGCGUGCUCGAGGCCAACGUCUACGGCGUCGGGCUGCCGGGGCACGACGGCAAGGCGGGUGCUGUGGCACUGCACCUGGACCCAGCCAAGCGAGCCGACUUUAAUCAUCAGCAGUUUUUGGCGCACGCCCGCAAGCACCUCCCAAAGUACGCCGUGCCCGUGUUUGUGCGGCACGUCCAGGAAGCCUCGACGACACACAACAACAAGCAGGACAAGAUGCCACUCAAGAACGAGGGCGUUGAUCCGGACAAGGUGGCGGCGGGCGAUGUCAUUAUGUGGAUCGACGGCCACGGCAAGGGCACCACGUAUGUGCCGUUUAAGCGAGACGACUGGGAGCGUCUUCACGCUGGGAAGGCGAGGCUGUAG